CUCCUUGUUUCUGCAGAAAAUAUAUGGAAAAUGGCCUCACAGAAAGGAUGCAAUUCAAUCACCUUACUAGGCUUCAAAAUUUCCCCUUACAAAGAUGCAAACCUUGCCCAAUCAUCGAGAAUCCAUCACCUGUAGCGCACCACAUUACGACAGAGUGAAAGAAUUGCAGGAAUUCGACGAGACCAAGGCUGGAGUCAAAGGCCUCGUGGACUCUGGGGUGACCAAGAUCCCUAAAAUCUUCAUCCACCCGCCCGAGAACUUGCACGAUUUGUCAUCCGAUGUGAACCGGACAGGCCUCCAGGUCCCUAUAGUCGAUCUAAGAGGCUACCAGUAUUCUCGCCGGCAAGAUAUCAUAGAUGGUAUUCGCGAAGCAUCGGAGGCUUGGGGGUUCUUUCAGAUAAUCAAUCACGGGAUUCCACUUGAUGUGAUGGACAACAUGUUGGAGGGUGUGAAGAAGUUCCAUGAGCAACAAGUGGAAGUGAAGAAAGAGCUGUACUCUAGAGAUCGGACGAAGAGAGUGAGGUACUUUUGCUGUGGAAACUUGUUCCUGUUAAAAGCAGCGACUUGGAGGGACAGUGUCUUAUUUGAUUUCCAGGAUGGUGUCCUAGACCCAGAGGCUGUUCCGCCUAUUUGCAGAGAGGCAGUUUUCGAGUACGAGAAACAUAUGGCGAAACUGAAGACUUCUUUAUCCGAAUUAUUAUCUGAGGCAUUGGGCCUUGGUCCUGAUUAUCUCAGUGGCACUGAGUGUAUGAAUUCGGAGAAGAUUCUAGGCCAUUACUACCCAGCUUGUCCAGAACCGGAAUUGACUUUGGGCACGAUUAAUCACUCUGACAUGUCGUUUCUGACUCUUCUCCUUCAAGACCACCACGGUGGUCUCCAAGUCCUCCAUGAAAACCACUGGGUUGAUGUGAUUCCAGUGCAUGGAGCACUUCUAGCCAACAUUGGAGACUUCAUGCAGCUUGUUACCAACGAUAAGUUCAAAAGCGUGGAGCACCGAGUACUUGCUGGGCGGGUCGGACCCAGGGUUUCGGUCGCGUGCUUUCUCUCCCCUUGCAGGAUGGAAAACACCAAACCCUUUGGGCCAAUAAAGGAGCUUCUCUCUGAAAACAAUCCAGCCAUAUACAAAGAAAUCUCUCCUUUGGAAUACGUUGCCUAUUUCAAAUCCCAUGGCCAGAGGGACAAUUCAGCACUUCCUUAUUUCAGGAUAAGCGAUUCCAAAUAGAGCAUAGUCGUGGAAAAGCCUGAAAGAGUGUGUCUUGACUGGUUAUAUCGUAAUCUGAGUUUGUGGCAGUACUUUGUUACUACCUGUUUCGAUUUGGGCUUUAAAUCUUACUCAUCUAAGACAAGACUGUGUCAAAAUUAAUUCUUCUGAUGCAUAGUGGAAUGUGACUAUGUUCUUCAAA